UCUGACACAGAAAAGUUAACAAAAAAGCGAAAAACCUUGGAACCUUGUCAAAUUUUGGCUCAGAACUCAAUUCUCUGCUGCCUGCCAAUGACUCGUAUUGGAUUGGCCAACAGAACUGUACAAUUAAUCAUUCAGGUUUUUGGGCCUGGAACAAAUCUCUCUUCAGGCAAACUGUCAUCCAGACAUCCUCCUGAACCCAUUAGCAUUGAACCAACGGUGACAAGGAGGAUAAUUGCUGUAGGGAUUUUCCAAGACUUUUCGUUAAAAAUUACGACACUAAUACUCCAUGUUAAAACAGCCAAUUAUCAGGAUUAUGCAAGGAUGGACGAUAUUCGCAGGAGUGGUAGCUUUAUAUUAAAAUGGAGCAAUAGAUUAAAGUCAAAGCUACCUACCAAUUGAUCGGCUCCAGAGAGAAAGAGAGAUAUUGCCUCUUCAACCAAUCAAUAUCCACGGUGUCCUCUGGAUCUGUGAUAACGCAGUCUGAUAUAUGUCGGGUCAGCUGAUAGCUCUAACCAUCUGUGGACUGGGUGGAACAGGCUGUAGUAUAUACACGUAUGUCACAUGGAGAAAAUGAUGACCUGAUACCAGGCUUAACUUGUAUUGUACCUGUUGCUUCCGUUAAGCACCUCCUGUACAAGCCACCUGGCAAGACUGAAGUUGUUUUGCAUCACUGAUCUGCGUCAGAAUGGCACACUCAAGCACCCUAGACAGAGAGACGAGCUCACAUACUGUCCCAGAAGCCAACAUUGGUCUUCUCACCAUGUCCAAGAAGAAUGGGAAGAUCCCAGAGGGCCCUGACCCACAGGAACUGAAAAUAGGAUGCUGUGCCAAAGUCAAGACCAAGGUCAAAUCAUCUGCCCAUGAAUGUUGUUCCAUGGAAACCCUUAAAAGCAGGCUGCCUAUAAUAAAAUGGCUUCCCAAAUACACGUUGCUGGACCUGCAGUGUGAUAUCAUAGCCGGGCUCACUGUAGGCUUGACCGUUAUUCCUCAGGGUCUUGCCUAUGCCAGAGUUGCACAACUUCCACCUCAGUAUGGGUUAUACUCUGCUUUCAUGGGCUGUUUCCUGUACAUCUUCCUUGGUACCUCCAAAGAUAUUACCCUAGGACCAACUGCGCUCAUGUCUCUGAUGACAGCUGCAUUCGCUGCAACACCUGUUGCGGAAGAUCCAACAUUCGCCAUCAUUUUAUGUCUCUUUUGUGGAAUCAUCCAGUUUACCCUCGGUAUUUUGAAGCUGGGUGUAUUGGUCAACUUCAUAUCAUUUCCGGUCAUCAAUGGCUUUACAUCAGCUGCAGCCAUCAUUAUUGCUGUCGGACAGAUUAAGGAUAUCUUGGGUCUGUCCCACAUUCCGCGAGAAUUCUUACAUCAAGUCUACGAAACAGCUCUGAAGAUUCCAGAAACUAAUGUUUGGGAUUUAUGCAUGGGAUUAGUCUGUCUGGUUAUUUUAAUCUUCUUAAAGCAAGUGCGUGAUAUUAAAUGGAAGGAAGAAAGUCCAGAAGAGAGGAAGUUGUGGAAGGAAGUGCUGAAGAAACUUCUCUGGUUGGUUUGUACAGGUCGGAAUGCUGUAAUUGUGAUAGCUACAGCUGGGAUUGCCGGAGCUUUGGAGGCACAGAACAUUACGGAGCUGACACUAACGGGGGAACUAGUACCAGGUCUCCCGGAGUUUAGACCCCCAUCUUUCACUUUUGAGUCCCACAACAUUACCAUGACAACCAGCCAGGUGUUUGAGAAAAUUGGUGCAGGAUUUGCCAUCGUUCCAUUGUUGGGUAUUAUUGAGACUGUGGCUAUUGGAAAGGCGUUUGCUAGAAAAAACAACUACAAACUUGACCCAAGCCAAGAGCUGAUUGCUAUAGGUGUGGGCAAUUUAAUAAGCUCAUUCUUUGGUGCUUAUCCCAUCACCGGCAGUUUUUCAAGAACGGCUGUGAAUUCCCAGAGUGGGGUGGCCACGCCAAUGGGGGGAUUAGUUACUGGUGCUCUAGUACUGCUGGCCCUGGGCCUGUUGACCCCCUGGUUUUAUUACAUCCCUCGUUCUUCCCUGGCUGCCGUCAUCAUUUCAGCCGUUAUUUACAUGGUGGAUUAUAAGAUAGUCCUCACACUCUGGAGAGUCAAUAAAAUUGACCUGAUACCAUUAUUUGUCACCUUUAUUCUGUCGUUUUUGAUAGGGAUAGAGUAUGGUAUAUUGGCUGGUGUUGGUGUCUCUAUAGUUAUACUGCUGUAUCCUUUGGCCAGACCCAAGGUCAAGACGAGUCAGGGAGCUUUACCCCUGGAUGUAUUUGUGGACAAAGGGCUGGCCUUUCCUUCCAUGGAGUACAUACAAGACACUAUCACAAGUCAAGCUGCUAACUCCACUUCACCGAGCGUUGUGUUAGACUGCAAGAACAUCACAGAGCUGGAUUAUAGUGCUGUCCAGGGUCUCCUGCAAUUACAAUCGGACGUUGCUGAAAUGGACAAAGUUUUGGUCCUGAAAAAUUUGAAGCCGUCUUUGCGAAGAAAACUGGAAACUGCAGGAAUGAAAGACUUUCAGUAUUUUGAGGGUGAGGAUGAUGGAAAGGUUAAUGGAGAUUCCACUUUGAAGAUCAGUGAACUGCCACACAGCAUUUCUGUGUCAGUGGAAGAAGAAGAAAACACAACUAAACUAUAGCACUCGUCUUUACCUCUGUACACAGCACAUAGUACUUACCUCCCUUUUUGUACUCUUUCAUCUUUGAUACAGACUGCUGAAUUUAAUCCUGUCCACUGUAUUUGUGAAGUACCAGAUAUAUGGUAGUCAUGGAAUGAUUUUGCAAAUUCCGGAGUGAAUAUAUGUCGUUAACUUUCUUUGUAAAAGAUUAAAAGGUUGUAAUGUGGCAGGUUUUGGAUAUCAUGAUAUUUAUUGUUAAUCAUUUUAUGCAAAGGAAGCAAUGUAUAACUUGUGUUCACAUCACUUAUUACAUUGUCAUUGAUUACAGACUUAUUUUAGAUAAGACAACAGCUAUUAGCUGUCUAAAAGCUAUGAAAAAAGUUGUUUAAAUUGUUUUUAACCAAAAAUGAAAUGGCUUUAAUGAAAUUUUUACAUAUCCAUUGAUCUGUUUGCCAGAAUUUAAGCAGUGAUGCUUAAAAAUGUUCCAUCACAGUGUAGAGCUUUGCCUGAGCAAGCACAACUGAUUACAGUAAAGCUUUAAUAUUGCUUUUAUUGAUUUAGCCGAUGUUAAAAUGAUGGCAAUGUUAACAAAUCUCCUCUCAUAUUGGUGUGAAGUUGAAAGAAUGGUUGUGAUGCUUGCUGAUGCACUGCAAAGCUAAACUACUGAUAGUAAGUCUAACUUGACAUCACAGUGAAUAAAAAUUAUUAAAGUAUGCACACUAGGGGAUAUUAGAUUGGGUAAAAAUCAGUAACAUAUCGGCUGGGCCAUUGUAUAUGCAACUUUUAAUCGUGUUUGUUUUUUCUUGUAUAUAUAGAUAUAUCUAUACACAACUUACAGGGAACAUGAAAUACAAAAAUUGAGACAUUUGAAAUGAGCCAUUGAUUUUAACUCAGAUGCACG